GUGAGUGAGUGAGGAGCGGCCCUGAGGACAACAUGGUUCGUGGCGGCCCCUCGCUGGCUGAUCGCCUCAUCUUCCUCCUCACCUUACUGUUUCUUAACACUGAGGGAUGUUGUCAAUUGAGUUCAAGUUGGACAAACAGCUGCGAUGGUCAGAUAAUGUUCAAACAGCACAUGUUCUGCUACAAGUAUUACGAAUGUGUAUCUUCGUCCUGGACAGAGAAAUCCUGUUCUCCAGGGACCUACUGGAUGAGCGACACACAACCAUGUGGCUCAACCACGUGUUUUGGCACCGGAAGCUUUGAAGCAGAAACCCAAGGGACUGGAUAUACAAUACGUGGCAUGGAAGGUGUAACAAGUGACAUGGGUCAUGGGAGGUACAACAAGUGA